UUACCUUUAAGACGUUUCGCGGUUGUUGUGUUUGAUUUCUUCUGCAGAGUUAACAAAUUUUAUCAGGUAUCUUCACAGAACUGAUGAGUGACUCAACUCCUGUUUUGGGAGCUAUUGAAUAAACCAAGAGAACAAUGACUGAGGCUGGCCAGGCACUUGGACCACUCAGCAAUCGAAAGGCAUCAAACAUGGGUCGUAAAAACAAAGAUGACGAUGCUGGACUGGAACCAGAAGAGGACGAAGAAGAUCUGGGAGAGGAAGAAUAUACAGUAGAGCGAGUAGUUGAUAGUCGGAUCAAGAACGGCAAAAAGGAGUAUCUUCUCAAAUGGAAGGGAUAUCCAGACUCUGAUAACACAUGGGAGCCAAGUGGUCACCUAGACUGCCCUGAUCUAAUAGCAGAAUUUGAAGACAAGAAGAAAAAGAGAGACUUGGAGAGGAAGCGAAAGCAGAAUGGUGAAGAUGAUGGAGCCAGCAAAAAGAAAAAGAAGCUUGCAGACGUUAAAUCCAGUGCAAGUUCUAAGAAGGAGGAUGAUAACAAGCCACGCGGAUUUGAUCGAGGUUUACAGCCAGAGAGGAUAAUAGGUGCCACUGACAGCAGUGGAGAGCUCAUGUUUUUGAUGAAAUGGAAAGACAGUGAUGAAGCAGAUUUGGUGCCAGCCCGACAAGCUAAUGUGAAAUGUCCCCAGAUUGUAAUAGCAUUUUAUGAAGAAAGACUCACAUGGCACACUCACAAUGAAAAUGAGGAUGAUGAAGAAAAACGUGAAGACAGUGCAACUACCGCUGCUGCCAAGUCAUAAAAAUGUGAAGUUCAGAAACCAUUCACAUUCAUCAUGGUCAAGACUAUCUGUACAUUGUAAAAACUUAUACACACCCACUCCUGAUGGUAGGAGUGACCCAUUCUGUAUUCCCAAGCACGGCUGAGAAGCUUUGGGGUUUGUUGGGUCCUGUAACCUCAAAUGUGGAUUGAUGAAUUCUGGGGCAGAUGACAGGAAUCUCUGAUGGUUGGGAGGCUGUAUUCCUGGAAUUUGCCUGUUCAUAAAGUUUUCCAUGGUUUACGAUGUAACAGUGGAUCAAAGAGAUACCGUGCGCAUGUCUACUUAUACUUCUUGUAGACCCGGAGGAAGCGACACUCUUCUUGAUUCGGAUUGUAAUGUGUUCAAAUCACAGGAUACGUUUAUUAAAUGGGAUUUGAGGCCCUAAAUCAUGCAUUCAUUCUUCAUUAAUAUUUCUCUAUCUGUAUUUAAAGGUGGCUCUGUAUUUUGGCAAUUGUAGAUUUGCAGGGUUUAAAAGUAGAAUUGUAAGUUUCGGAUUCAUACAGAAGCGUACUUUCAUGAAACAGUGUAAAGACUUCGUAAAAGAACUGGAUAUGUGAAAAGGGAGAUAACUUGUGACUAAACCUGUUCUUCAUUGCGAAGUGAAGGAGGGUGCUUUAUUGGCAGAAGUCCAAGGAUAUGUUUGUUAAGCAUUUUUGUGUUACCAUAAUGUUUUUUUUUUUUUAGUUUAGCUUCUUGCGACUACUGUACGGUCCUGUAAAAGUUCAGUUAAAAGUUUGUACUGUACACAAUAUAUUUUGCUGUGUGUUAGCUCAAAGCUACUACACAUUCAAAGGAUAUUGCCUUGGCUGGAAAGUGUUUUUGAGGGGAGGGGUUGGGGAUCUGCAGCUGAGGUGUUUGUGUUGUAACUGUCAAUUACCUUUUUUUCGUUUUGAGCAAAUGUGUUUGAGGUACAAAUCAUGGAAUGGCGUAAUACUAUGGAUCAAUUUUCCUAUUGUCAUUGUUACCUUCCUGUAAGUGGUAGAUUUCAGAAUUUAGGUGUACUUUUCUGAAAUUCUCAUGUUUUUUGAUCUGUAUCCAACUUGAUUCAACAUUCUCAAGAUAAUGUGCUUGUGUAGAGUUCAUUUAUAAAUAUGUUAUUUCUGCCUCAGUGAAA